UCACUUCGCAGCCAAGCGAGCCUUUCUGCCCGACAUUAUCUUCAUCCUGACUCCGCAGGAAAGGAGGCUGAAAUGACGGAUGCAACCAUGGAGGCGACACCCGGGGACGGUUUAUUUACACCAGAAGAGCCGCUUUAAGUUUACUAGAGGGAAGCAGAUGCGUGUGUCCCCCUCUUUACUUUCACGGACCCCCUCCUCCUCCGCUGGCAGAAAUUUAUAAAGAACAAAAAAUCCGACGAGGGAGGGGAGGGGGGUUGAUAUGCGCCGAGGCUGAAAUCGAGAGGCGAACCCAGGGAAAGCGGAGUAAUUUGUACACGGGACUUUCCCCCUCUUAGUACCCCAAACGGAGGGGGAAAAGUCGCAAUAUUGGCAACGAGAAGGAAUGGGCUUCUAAAGGCGUGAAAACGUCUGCAAUUGUGGAUACUUUAUAUAUUUUUAUUUCGAAAAAAUAUGGCCGAGAACGUUCUGGACUCUGGCCCGCCUUCAGCCAAGAGGCCUAAACUCUCCUCUCCGGCACUUUCCGCCUCCGCCAGCGAUGGAAAUGAUUUCGGGACGCUGUUGGACUUGGAGCACGACCUCCCGGAUGAGCUGAUCAUCCCCAGCGAACCGGUUCUGGUCAACGAUGGGGACCUGAACCAGCUGAACAGCAGUUUGGGACGAGGCCCCACAGGUGGAACAGCAGGGGGAAUGGGGCUGGGCUUCGGCCCCGGUCCAGGGGGGGAACCCGGCGGGAUUGGCGGGGGCCAAGACGCAGUGGCCAAGCACAAGCAACUGUCAGAGCUUUUGCGUACAACCACCUCCAGUCAACAAGGACAUCCGGGAGCCAUGGGCGGCCCCGCGGUGAUGGGGCAGCACCUAGCCAACAUGAAGGUAUCCUCAGGUCAGGGGCCUCAGCAGAUGAUGGGGGGGCAGCAGCAGCAUCUCUCCCAGCAGCAGGCCAACAUGAUGCAGCAGCCGGGGAUGAUGGGUAACAGGGGCAUGAUGGGAGUGCAGCAGAAAGCCAAUAACGGCCAGCAGCAGCAGCCGGGCAUGAUGGGAAGCCAGGUGAUGAACGGCUCCCCUAGGAUGGGCUUUGGGAACCAGGGGAUGGCCAGCAGCGGCAACAUGUUGGCCGACACGCUGCAGCAGCAGGGAGCCGCGGGGCCAGGAGCCAUGAGGGGCCAACAGCAUGGAUCCAUGAACAAGCCGGGCAUGAUGGGAAACCCAGGCGGCUCGUUUGGAGGUCCAUAUCAAGGAGGUCAGGGUCUGGGAGCUGCAGGGCUGGGCCCUCAGCUCCAGAACAAAGGGCCCAUGGCCAACAACCUGGGCCAGUUCAAUGUGGACAAGAAGACCCAGCCAAUGCAAGCAAUGGGUGCCAUGCAGUCGCAGACAGGUGUGGGUGGUCCAACAGGCGCACCGGUGGGAGGAGCACCAGGGAUGGUCCCCAGCGCGCAGGCGGGCCUAGCAGGAUACAACUCGCAGGCCUCCGCGGCGUCGGCUGCGGCCGGAGCGCCACCCACAGCGGACCCUGAGAAGCGCAAGCUGAUCCAGCAGCAGCUGGUCCUCCUGCUUCAUGCGCACAAGUGCCAGCGGCGGGAGCAGGCCAACGGAGAGGUCCGGCAGUGCAACCUGCCCCACUGUCGCACCAUGAAGAACGUCCUGAACCACAUGACCCACUGCCAGUCCGGCAAGUCCUGUCAAGUGGCUCACUGUGCGUCCUCCAGACAGAUCAUCUCCCACUGGAAGAACUGCACACGCCACGACUGUCCUGUUUGUCUGCCACUGAAGAACGCCGGGGACAAGAGGAACCCGCAGUGUGAGUCUCUGCUGAGUGCAGCAGGUUCAGGACUGGGAAGCUCGCUGGGUUCGGUCCCCGGUGGUCAGCCUAGUACUCCCAACAUCAACCCACCCAGCCAGAUUGACCCCAGUUCAAUAGAGAGAGCCUAUGCCGCGCUGGGGCUCACCUACCAGGGAAACCAGAUCCAGGGUCAGACCGGUCCACCCAACAUGGCCAGCCAAGGUCAGGCCGGCAUGAGGCCUCUGAACCCAAUGAGUGUGAAUCCGAUCGGGGUCAACGGCGGUGUGGGUGGCCCCCCUCAGAGUCAACAAGCCAGUUUACUACAGGACACCAUGAUGCAUCUUAAUGUGAAUAACCAAAGUUUGAUGAAUGAUGCUGUAGGAGUCGGAUCCAUGCCCACAGCAGCCCCUCCCUCCGCCACAGGGAUAAAGAAAGGCUGGCAUGAAGACAUUACACAGGACCUCCGGAACCACCUGGUGCACAAGCUUGUCCAGGCCAUCUUUCCGACUCCGGAUCCCGCUGCGCUGAAGGACCGUCGGAUGGAGAACCUGGUGGCCUACGCCCGGAAAGUAGAGGGAGACAUGUACGAGUCAGCCAACAGCAGAGCUGAGUACUAUCACCUUUUGGCGGAAAAGAUCUAUAAGAUCCAGAAGGAGCUGGAGGAGAAAAGACGGACUCGGCUGCAGAAACAGGGCACAGCCGGGCCCGGCAUGGGUCAGUCACCAACCGGGCUGCCUCAGAACGGCCCUCUCUCUGAUCCAUCCAUGGUGCGGCCGCCUGGACCCAAUCAGAUCAACAGGAUGCAAAACCCAGGUAUGAACCAGUUCAAUCAGAUGGGGAUGCCAGCUAUGGGUCAGAGGUCAACACCGCCUCUUACUUUGGGAGCAUCUGGCAGCCAGCUUGGGAUGGUUGGGCCCAGAGUGGGACAGCCCAACGUCAACACAAUGCCGACCCAGUAUCUGUCCCAUGGACAGUUUCCUGGGUCAGGACCUGGAGUUGGAGCACCUCAGCCUGGACUGGCCCAGCCUGGAGCCCAGGGCGGGAUGGCACAGGCCCAGAUGGGAACUCCUCCGUCUCUCUCCGUGGCCAGUCCUCUGGCACAGCCCGGUUCAGUGGGCGGUCCUAGUGGGGUCCCCAAUGUGGGGCCCAUGGGUCCCCAGAGCGUGGGAGGCGGCGGUCCCAACGCAUCUCUUGGCACCCCCGCGUCAUCAAUCACCUCAUCUAACUCCAACCAGCAAGCCAACUCCAUCCCCCACCUGGGACCCAUGCGUGGCAGCUCCCCCUCCCCGGCACAUAGUCGCUCCCCCACGCCCCACCAGACGCCUCCCAGACUAGCGGGCUCCCAGACACCGCAGCCACACACCCCCAACGCUCCUCAGCUGGCAGGGCCCCCACUGGGCCUUCAGCAGAAUCAGCUCAGCCAGGGCCCUGGCUCCAACAAGCCCCUCCAGCAGCAACACAUGGGGCCCUCAGGUUCAACCACUCCAUCUCAUCCCGGACUAGCCCCCAGCUCCACGCCGCACGCCGCUCAGCUGCCCCGCACUCCGCUGUCCCAGAAGGGCUCGUUCCCAGCAGACAGCCAGGCCAUGACGCCGGCCUCCGUCGGCAGUCUGGACGCCGCGUCCCAGCAGCCGCCGCUGGACGCCUCCGCCACCAAGAUGGAGCCCAAGGCGGAGGUGAAGCACGAGGACGAGGAGGAGGAGAGUGACACGGGCAGUUGUUCCAAAGGGGGGAAGCUGAGCAACCACAAAGCGGAGGAAAAACCCGUCAAACUAGAACCUAAGAAGGAGGAGUGUUCCGGAGACGGAGGGAAAGGAGUCCCCAUGGACACGUCCACGCCGUCAGCGGCCAUGAAGACCGAAGAGAAGAAGCCAGAGGUGAAGAAGGAGGUGAAAGAGGAGGAGAGUUCAGAGGCAGCUGCUCCACAGGCUCCUGUGAAGAAGAAGAUCUUCAAACCGGAGGAGCUUCGUCAGGCCCUCAUGCCCACACUGGAGUCUCUCUACCGACAAGACCCAGAAUCCCUCCCGUUCAGAAUGCCUGUGGACCCAAAGCUGCUCUGCAUACCUGACUACUUUGACAUAGUGAAGAACCCGAUGGACCUGUCGACUAUCAAGAGAAAGUUAGACACAGGUCAGUACCAGGACCCGUGGCAGUACGUGGACGACAUCUGGCUGAUGUUUAACAACGCCUGGCUGUACAAUCGCAAAACGUCCCGUGUUUACAAGUAUUGCUCCAAGCUGGCCGAGGUGUUCGAACAAGAGAUCGACCCCGUCAUGCAGGGCCUGGGCUACUGCUGCGGCAGGAAGGUGUGUAGGCACACACUUCUUCUUUCAGCAGAAAAUAUUGCAAAGUAUUUCUUUUAUCAAACACUUUUUGUUUUCUCUUUGAUUCCAUAGAUAAUAAGGUUAAUA